GGUCCGUAGAUGUUGGCUGUCUAGAAGCAAACUCACUGGGGACAAAUAUACCCCUCAUAUUAAUGAUUAGUCCCACUUCACAAUCACCAUUAUUAUUCACUAAAACAAUAUAUAUCAAAUCUCAUAUAACAAUAUUAACACUACCAUUUGUUUUGUUAUAUAUCUUUCAUUCAUUAGUAUUACUCUAACAAAAACACAUGGGUUUGCCUUUAUUAAUAUGUCAGCUUCUUCUCAAUAACCAUUAGAUUUAUUCUAAUAAUUGGUCUUCCUCGUUCUUGUGAUUCCAAUUCCAAACAUUUUUGUGUAUAUAACAUUUCUCAAUGUCUUAUUAUUAGUCCAAAGUGGAUCUAGUCCUAAUUAUUCUGAAAUGGCUAACCAAGAAAAACAACACAAGAAAGGGUUCAUGUAUAUUUACAAAAUUGGAACAGGAAACCAAAGAAAGAAAGAUUCAGAGCAAGGUGUUGAGAAAGAAAAGAAAUUAUCAAGUUCAAGAAGUUGGUUGCAAAGGUUAAGAAAUCCAACUAGAAGUUACAAUAACAAAGAGUUGAACAAUGGAGGAUUUGUUGAGGCAAGGAAUUCAACAUCAUGCUUUGAGUUAGAAUCAAUUAAAGGAGGAUAUGUAGAAGGAAGAAAUUCAGUGUCUUGCAUAGAAGCAUCAUCAUCACCAGCAAUAAAAAGAGGAAUCAUAGUUGAAGAAGGAAGAAAAUCAGUGUCUUAUGUUGAUGAAACAAAGUUAGCAGCAGAAGAAAAGGUAGGUAAAUUUGUUGAGGCAAGAAAAUCAGUGUCCCAUAUUGAAACAUUGUCUUCUGUUAUUGAAAAACUUCAAGUGAAGGUUUUGGUCUCAGACAUGCCAAGUUUCAUGCAAGUGCAUGCUUUUCGUUGUGCAAGAAGGACAUAUGAUAGUCUUGAGGAGUUUAGCUCCAAACACAUUGCUCAUAACAUUAAGAAGGAGUUUGACAAAGCCUAUGGUCCUGCCUGGCAUUGCAUUGUAGGCCCAAGUUUUGGUUCUUUUGUGACACAUUCAACGGGGUGUUUUCUUUACUUUUCAAUGGAAAAUUUAUAUAUUCUAUUGUUCAAGACCAAAGUUAAGAAGGCAGUGGAUUAAUUAAGAUGUGAGCAAUUGAAACCGGUCAAUGAAGAAGCUUGAGAAGAUUGAUGACUUCUGAUCUGAAGAGGUUGAAUGAAAGUAUGGAAGAAAGACCCUUUUCUAACCAAAUCCACAGUAAAAUCAAAUUUAAUCUCAAACUAUACAUAAUCCACCAAAACAAAAGAUUCAAGGCUAAUUUAAUACACAAACAAGGGUCCAUAGCUCCACUCAAACUGCGUUACAAAAGGCCAUGCUAUUAUAGAAAGGCUCGAAGCCACAUUUAUGCUCUUAUCAAUGUCCCUUGUAUAAAGCAUAUGUAAAAUAAAUAUACUUUUUUUGCCAUUUAAUUUUUUUUUUUUUUGUCAGAUAGCCUAAUGGCUAGGAUUCAUCUUAUAAGGUGAAUAAGUUGAGUGUCCGAGGUUCGAAACCCAAUAUCUGUAUAUUAUAAUGCAUUGUCCUACCAACUGAGCUAUGCUCACUCACGGACAAAUAUUUUGUUCUUUAUCAAACAUAUUAUUGGAAAGAAAACAAGAGUUGACUUGUCCA